AUGUGCGGGCCAGACAUCAGCGAGUGCUACAUCGGAGAACCGCUCGCAAAUCCUCUGGGACAGUACCGAAACGGCAAGGCACAGGGUUUUGCGCUUUCUCCUGGGACACCAUGGGACCUUCCGCGCGUCGCGCUCCGUGUAGAUGCGGGUCCCGAAAAUACUGCCAACAAACAGCUCUCUGCCUACGGUACACAGGUCGUGUGCUGGGCUGCUUCGAACACAGUCCCUCGCUCAAGUCAUCUGGCAAUUGUUGAGGAAAUAUCCACGCAGCUCUUCUUCGGUCCGUGCCAAAGCGUGUGUGCUUGCUGGGAUACGCUGCAGUCAUCUGUAUCUGUUUCGUUGCUUCGCAGCUUUGCAGUCAUCCGACGAGUCACAUUUGGCUUACCAACAGAAACAGUGUCAUUUUGCUACAAAGGUUAUGCUGCCUCUGGAACAAAUCCCAUAUAUCCAGGGAUGUGCAGAAGGCUGAAACGACGACAGGAAAAGUACGUGCUAGGCAAUGAAGCAUUUCGUUGUGUUGGAGCAGUCCUGCGUCUACGCUUCGAAGUGGAUCUCCCGCGGGAGAAAGUGAAUCUGAGAUUGGAUCCAGUAGCUUACUAUGUUUGA